UUGAUGUUGGCAAUUGCAGGGACUGUGCUGCUUACUUAGAGUCAGGGAGACGGCAACCAUUCAUUUCAGACAAGGAGUCGCCACUGAAACGUACCGCAUAAGAAAUUGGCAGUGAUGGAAUCUUUGAUUGACAGCUUGAACACAGAGAAAUGGACAGAGGUAUCGGCAGCAGACAGGGGGGAGGGCUUUGUUGAGUACUCGAUCAACAGAAACGCUAAGCAGGUGGACGACACGACGCUCGCUCUGAUGAUCGCAGACGACUCUGGUAACCCUAAAACCGUCACCCUCUCCUACACGCUUCCCAAAAAGAACCCAGUAAAGAGUGUCAGUCGGUCAGAAAUUAAACUGGACGCGGAGGGCAAAAAUGUUUUGGGAAUUGACCUAGAUGGCGACUGUGUUGUUCUGAAGAGUUAAUCACGUGAUCGAUACAAUUUCACUUCCUUUUAUGAACUACAUUUAAGAAUGGCUUCUGAUUUUCGAGCCACCCCUCUUUUACAUUCUCACAGGCUUGUACAAAUCUUGCACAUAUUUUGAAUAAAACAUUUUAACCACAA